UGGUAACCAUAAAAGAUGAAGAAUACAUAUCUUAGUUAUCUUGAUGAGUUUAUGAUUUGCUUUGUUAAUGGAUAAGUACUCACUCAAAUAACUAGCAUUUAUUUCAUCAUUCUCUAGACCUUUUUUUCCCUAGAUGAAGGAUGUCGUAUUGAAAAACAAGGUUGAAUCCUUUGUGUGAUUAAUUGCACCAUGAUCAUUGAGGAAGUAUGUCGAAGAGCAAAUAGUUUUUAUUCAUUUUCAUGUUCCUCACUCUCCUUGCCUUUUAUUUUCAUUGUGAAUGUGGGCCUUUUACUUUCAUUGUGAAUGUAGUUGGGUGGAGGAAAUGGUUUUUGUUUAUUUUUUUCAAUAAAAAAAUUCAUUCAGCUGGAGGCUAUUAAACAUCCCUCCAAUAUUAAUGUUCUCAUGCUCUAUUUUAUCUUCUCUUUCUUUUUGUGCUUUUUCAAAAUUUUCCAUCAAUUGAAUAAGGAAAUAGUAUAAUGGUCAUUUUAGAUGUUGGAUGUGGUGUUGCUAGCUUCAGUGGUUAUUUGCUAAAUAAAAAUGUCAUUACCAUGUCAUUUGCACCAAAGGAUGAACAUGAGGCCCAUAUACAGUUUGCCCUCGAGCAUGGAAUCCUUGCUACUCUCUCAGUCAUCACAACUAAAAAGUUUGUAUUUCUAGAUAAUGCAUAUGAUAUGAUUCAUUGUGCAAGGUACAUGGUUCACUGGCAUGCAGAUGGUAAAUGACUAUUCUAAAAUUUCUAGUCCUUGUACCAUCUACCUUGUCAACAUGGUAACUUAUUGAAAACUGCAGGAGGAAAACCAUUGAUGGACCUCAACAGGAUUCUUAGGCCUGGGGGGUACUUUAUAUGGUUUGCAAUGCCAGUUUAUAAGAAGGAUGAAGGAGAUCAAAAUGUCUGGAAAGUUAGGGUUAAUCUGACUGAAGUAAUGUGCUGGAAAAUUAUGGCAAGGACCUACUACAAAAAAGAUAGAGUCGGACUAGUUAUAUAUCAAAAAUCAGAUUCUUCUUCCUGCUAUGAGAAGCGCAAAGAAAACAAACCCCCUAUGUACGACCAAAAGUAUAGGCUGAAUAGUUCAUGGUACACGCCACUAGACAGUUGUCUUCUACCUCCAUCCUUGAGUGACUAUGAGUGGCCUGCACCCUGGCCCCAGAGGCUUAACAUAAAACCUUUAAGUUUAUUGCUCGAAGCAGAUGCUGAAGAAAUAUUCAAUGAGGAUACAAGACACUUGGCAGCAUUGGUAUCAGAUGUGUACUUAAGAGGCCUUGCUAUAAAUUGGUCUGGUGUGAGAAAUGUGAUAGAUAUGAAUGCAGGCUAUGGAGGGUAAUGAACAUCGUUCCUAUGAGUGGGCCAGAUACUCUACCCAUUAUCUUUGAUAGGGGAUUGGUUGGCACAUACCAUGACUGGUGUGAGUCCUUCAAUAGCUAUCCCCAUACAUAUGAUCUUCUAUAUUCCAGCUUUCUCUUUGGAAAUUUAAGUGAAAGGUUCCGUCUCUACUUCCUAGUCACUAGUUUGACUUGUUAUUAAUCUUCACUGAA